AUUAGAAAAGUAAAGAUAUGGAGUAAUGAGCGAAGAAAUAAAAGUAGUUUGCUAAAAUGAAAACGAAAAAAAUUCGAUAGGAAUCCGGAAAGGGGGAAAGAGGAACAGCUUAGCUACAAACCGUUAGAAGAAAGAAGAAAGAAGAAAGAAGAGAAUAUAAUAUCUAUAUCUAUAUCUAUAUAUAUAUAGAGAGAGAGAAGAGAGAGAGAGAGUGAGAACAAGAAACCCCCUUUAUCAUUCCUCCAUCCAAUACACACAGCUGUCGUAGUGUUGAAACAAUUCAUUUAUUGAUUCAAUCAGAAAAGAAGAAGAAGCAUCGAUCAGAUAAUCAAUCAGAUCAAUUAGAAAGAAAGAUGACGUCGUCGUUGGUUGAUGAGUUCGCGAGGGGAGUUGAAGAUGGGGUGAGGUUGUCGAAGCGUGUUUACUUUGGAAAAGACCGAUCUGUGAAGCAGCCGCCGACGGCGCAGUCAAUCAUGAGUAGUAGUUACGAGGUGGUGUCGCCGAUGGUAUACGCUGUGAUAUACAACCCAGGGAUUGUGGAUAACCCUGAUGUGCCUAGUUAUCAGCCUCAUGUGCACGGCAGGUGCGACCCCCCUGCUCUCAUCCCUCUUCAGAUGAACUCUAUUUCCAUGGAGGCCCAUUGCUCCCUCGACACCGCCUUGGUCACCAUCACCGGUUCCUGGCGUCUUCAUUGUGUUAUGUCAAGUGCUUCCUGCGAUUGUCGUCUUGCUAUUCCCCUGGGCCCUUCUCCUCUUACUCAGGGCUCAAUUCUAGGUGUACAAGCUCAAGUCACUAAUAAAUCAUAUACCACACAAUUAGUUGUAAUUGGUGAUAAGGCUGCGGGUGACACCGCCAAACCUCAAGAUGGAGGCUUUCUCAAACCUCACAUCUUUACCUUGAGUAUACCACAGGUUGAUGGUGGUUCAAAUCUUUCCUUCAAGGUAACAUGGUCCCAAAAGUUGAUUUAUAAAGACGGUGACUUCACAUUAGACGUUCCUUUCAGUUUUCCAGAGUAUGUCACUCCUGCCGGAAAGAAAUUCUCCAAAAAGGAAAGCAUACAACUGAACAUCAACAUUGGAUUGGGUACAGAGGUUGUCAUUAGGACAGCUAGUCAUCCUUUGAAGGAGCAAAAACGGAUAGUAGGGAAAUUGGCCUUUUUCUAUGAAGCAGAAGUUCUUACAUGGUCAAAUACUAAUUUUGUCUUUACAUACUCUGUUCCUGUAAGCAGUGCAUUUGGUGGUGUCCUUUUGCAGUCUCCGUCAUCACUAAGUAUUGACCAAAGGGAGAUGUUUUCUUUGUACCUAUUUCCAGGAACCGAUCUUGGCAAAAAGUUGAUGAGGAAGGAGGUGCUUUUUGUUGUUGAUAUAAGUGGAAGCAUGAAGGGUAGGACAAUUGAGGCUACAAAAAAGGCAGUUGUUACAGCAUUGUCAAAGCUGGAUCAACUGGACUCCUUUAGUAUAAUGGCAUUUAACGACCAGACUUACUAUUAUUCAUCAAAUCUGGUGCUGGCUACUAAGGAAGCACUUGAAGAAGCAACCAAUUGGAUUAACAUGAAUUUCAUUGCUGGCGGUGGUACAAACACGUCCCUUGCUCUCGAUCAGGCCAUAGAGAUGUUAUCUGGGACCAAACAGUCGGUUCCUAUGAUUUUCUUUAUAACUGACGGGGCUGUCGAAAAUGAGAGACAAAUUUGUGAAAUUAUGAUAAGGCAACUUAAGGAUCAAGGAUCAGAUCUGUGUCCACGCAUUUACACAUUUGGUAUAGGCUCAUUCUGCAAUCAUUACUUCUUGAGGAUGCUGGCAAUGAUUGGCAGGGGAUGUUAUGAGUCUGCGUCUGAUCCUGAUUUUAUUGUAGCCCAGCUGGAAGCUUUGUUUUCCAGAGCUGCUUCUACAGUUUUGAUGAACAUUGCAGUUGACGGUUUAGAUGAUCUUGAUGCUCUUGAGGUUUAUCCUUCAGUCGUUCCCGACCUUUGCUCUGAAAGGCCGUUGAUCAUAUCUGGGCAGUAUAAAGGUGGUUUUCCCGACACCGUGAAAGUUUGUGGAAUUUUUGCAGAUACGAGCAAUUACACUAUUGAUCUGAAGGUGCAACGGGCAACUGACAUACCCCUUGAGAAGGUAUUGGCAAAGCAACAUAUCGAACAAUAUACAGCACAAGCAUGGUAUUUACAAGAUAAAAAGCUUGAGGAGAAGGUAGCAAAAAUCAGCAUGCAGACUGGUGUUGUUAGCGAGUAUACACGUAUGGUCUUGUUGGAGACAGUAAAAGAAAAACAGGCUACAACAUCAUCUGGUUCGAAAUUGGCAAUAAAGGAAAUCAACCUGCCAAAAAAGGAAACAACAGAAAAAGCUCGUAUGAUAAAAGUGUUGCAGCGGCUGGGAGUGGGGUUUGGCGACUUGAUUGCAACAAGGGAGAACACUCCUCCUGGUUAUGAACCAAAACUACCGGACCAAGCAGAAAUGUUAGUAAGGGCAGCUGGUAACUGUUGUGUAGAUGUAUGUGGCAUGUGCUGUUGUCCAUGCUGCAUCCAAGCCUGUUCACGAAUGAACGACCAAUGUGCAAUUCUUGUAACACAGCUAUGUGGUUCUUUGGCAUUUUUGGGCUGCUUUGUUUGCUGUGAGGCGUGCUGUGGAGAAUGACAGACCACAAACGUAAUGUGCAACAUAACGUGUAAUGACAUUGCCAGUCCAUAUAUAGAAAAUUCAGGAUAUUCUCCCCA